AUGGCGGAUGAUUGGGGGUGCAAUGUAGAGCUGUUCGGUGAAUCAAAAAAUGGCGAAAGCUCGACUAAAUCGCUAACGGAGUUAGUGGAUCUCCUUUCUAAAAAGAACAUGAACGGACAAAAGAAAACGGAAAGUGUGAACGUUGUUUCUUUUCAUCCCAAUGGAGCUACAAAUAAGAUAUCAAUGAUCCGUGCUCCAAAGAUUCUAAAGAAAAAGAAAACUAACAACAUCAACAACAAUAAUAACAAGAUCUUAAACGAGACUAACGUGAAGAGAGUGACAUUCGAGAUCGAACAGUUAUUAUCCCGCGAAGCUGGCAAGGAUGAUCGAGAUAAAGCUAGAGAACGAAUCCUGACAUCUCUUGGUGCUGCUGCUCCAAAGCGCGAUUAUGUCAAUUAUAAGACAUUGAAAACAGAACUCGCAGCAAAAAAAGCUCGCGAAAAACUCGAAGCAGAGAUGCACAGUGCGAAUAGUCUUUCGAUGACGACGAUAAAGAAGAAGAAAAACAAGAAAAAGUAA